AGACACGCCCAUUUCGAGGAACGCAGCAGUAAGGAAGUGCACUACCUUGGUGACUCCCGGUCGUUGUGCAGUUGCAGUUGGAGCAGAUCACUGUCAGCAGCUAAAUGGCAAACGCAGAUACAGAGAUCUCCUACAGCGAUUUUAAGUCUCUCAUUGAGAAGGGUGAAGAUCUUGUGAUUGUUGAUGUGCGUAGCAAAGCUGAAGUGGACAAAGGGCACAUCCCAGGGUCCAUCCAUAUUCCAGUGGAGAAUGUAGGAAGUGACUUGUCUCUGGAUCCAGAUGCAUUCAAAGAGAAAUUUGGCAUGCCCAAACCCCCACUAGAUGCCCCAAAUCUGGUCUUCCACUGCCAGCUGGGUCGACGUGGAGAAGCUGCCACAGAGAAGGCCAGAAGCCUUGGCUUCCAAUAUGCCCGAAACUUUGCUGGAGGUUACAAGGAAUGGUCAGAGAAGGAAAGAAAAUGAUGCUGCUGCUCCAACACAUCAAGCACACGCCAGAUGUUAAGUUAGAAUUAUUUUUGCAGCUCUAGGAUAGAGUGCCUUUGAGGACUGCUAGGCCUGUAUGCGUUUAGCUGUCUGAGCUGUCUUUAAAUUGAAGCACUUCAGGGUUUAUGCUAAAUGGGUCCAUUACAAAAUGUGUACCUUUAUGUGCAAAGUUUUAAAUGUAUAGAAUAGUUUUUCAAUAUAUUAAAAAACAAUGCAAAUAUGUAAGAAUAUAUUUAUACCAUUUUUACUAUCUCAGUAGUUUAUAAACUAUUCAUUUUGUGAACACGUGAAGCUUUGCUUGUUAUUUUUCUUAUCAUGUACACAAAAGAGCCAUCACUUGGGUCAGCUGCUAGCUCCCCAGAUAGCAAGAAGAUAGCUGCCCACUGUUGGCCUACAAAGCUGCAAAGCUGGCGGCACUGGCUUUUUGCUCAGCGUUUUCCCGGCGGCCCACCAGUGGCUAACCCCUUAAAAUCCCAGGCAUAUUGCAUACUAAGGCUUAUUAUUCAGUAAAUACAGGGACUUUAAUGCAAACUGAGCUACUGUUAGAUUAUAGAAGUGUUCCAAAACUUUGGGCCUGCUGGUGGACCCUGGCCAUUUAAGGCAUUAACAGAGUGUUAAAAUGAUACUUUUAAUCACUCGUUUUGCACUCGCAGUUCAACUUACUUGUUCUUUCAUUUCCUACUUUGGUUAUGCUUUGUAAAUUAGAAGCAUAAAUUUAAUAGCAGCAUCAGAAAAAUUGUAUGCAGCUGUAAUCUGUCUAACAGAGCUGUGUUGAGAAUUAAAAACUAUUAUGCAUCACAACCAUCUGGACGGGCUAAAAGCAGACUAGCAGUAGCCAUUACUCAGUGUGGACCUCAUCACGCGAGCAGACUGAUAUAUACUUGCUAUCUGGGUCACUUGAGAUGAAUCAUAGCAUUUGAAGCUUCCCAAAGGAUGGACAUUUACACUGACCUCUGUAGUUCUUUCAGGUAAUGUGCAGUUAUGUCGAUAAUAAUGUCGCUAAAUGAAAUGUUUUGAGUUUUCCUGUUUAAAUGAAUUUGACCACGAAGGUUGUUGAUGGUUUGGGCGCCAGUUCAUUUGCACAUACAGGUGUGAAUAUUAGACAUGAAGCAGCUGUUUUCACUUGUUACUUGUACUCGUGUCACUCGAAAUAAUUAAAAUGCUGCUAUUCUA